CACUUUGGAUUAAUUGUUCUCUUUCUCUCUCUUUCUCUCUCUCUCCCUUUUCUUCUCUAUAUUGUUUUUUUCUCUCUUCUUCUAACCAUCUAUUUUCUAUUGACACCUUGUUUGGAAUAGAAUUUUCAUUUCUUCUUCUUGUUAAUCAUCUAAUUAAUUUCUCAUCUUUUACUUAUCUCUAUCACUGUUAGAUCUUUCAUUUACUCAUAAUGUCUUCUGCUUCCGGUGAAAAUCGUCCCACCAACUCAACUCGAGAUGUUAAAUCUCAUGCAUCUAACCGUUUACGGAAGGAAUUGAUGGAUCUUGUAAUGAGCAGUGAUAAAGGUAUUUCUGCCUUUCCUCAGGAAGAUAAUCUAUUCAAGUGGGUUGCCACUAUUGAAGGACCCAAAGACACUGUCUAUGAGAAUCUGAAAUUCAAGUUGAAUCUUAGAUUCACAAAUGAAUAUCCUUAUGUCCCACCUGUCAUCAGAUUCAUCAGUCAUUGCUAUCAUCCAAAUAUUGAUUCUUCUGGAGCAAUUUGUCUGGACAUCCUUAAGGACAAAUGGACUGCAUCAUAUGACAUAAGAUCGGUAUUAUUAUCAAUCCAAUCUCUUCUCAACGAACCCAAUCUCGAUGAUCCAUUGGAUAUUGACGCGGCCAAUAAUUGGAAGAAACCAGAGUUCAAAAAGAUCAUGUUAUCACAACAUGCAAAAGGAGAAAAAAAAUCUUUACAAUAAUUUUUCCUCUCAUUAGGCGAUACACCCAACAAUUUGUACUAUAUUUUUAACGUUUAGUUUAAGUCUCUCCGUCUCUCUCUAGUUUCGAUCCCAAAAUUUUCAUACCAAUUUCGUUGACAUUUCUUAAUGAAAAUAUCCUUAUUGAUAUAAGUUUACCCUAAUAUUACCUAUAGGAACAGAAGAGCAGCUGAAAUUAUAAUCGCUGAAACAACUUCCGUUUUUUUUCAAACCUCAAAGUGGAUAGAAUAGAAUUAAUCUCUUUUUCUCUUCUCCACCUUUAAGUCCAAACAAUAGUACAAUCAUAGCUAAUCUUAUUAAUGCAGAUCCAAUUAACUUUUCUGCUAAAUCAAACUUAUUUCUCUGAAAAAACAAAAGACUGAUUAUCAUUUACACACCUGAGAUUAUUUAAUUGCGAUCCAAGGCUAAUUAUCUCCAUCAAAAGACACUAAAUGUACAACUUGAUGUAUUUUAACAUGAUGUAAUAUUUAUACACGAAUGUAAUGUCAAAAUGAACUUUUUACUUAUGUGAACAGUUCAAAAGUGUCAACCCUGAUGAUCGAUAAACAAAAUGUAUUUUCUAUUCGCAUGAGCAAAACAAAAA